AUGACAGGCGGCUCGUCGUCGAGGUCGUCCGCCCAGGCGUUGCUGGCGUGGGUGCAGCUGCAUCCGUUUGCGGCGCUCGCCACGCUCGUGGUGCUGUUCGUCACCUACAAACUCGCGCUCAAGCCGGUGCUCUUCCCCUCUGCGUUGCGCGACCUUCCGCGUCCGAAGCGCGCAUCCUACCUGCUCGGGCAGCGUCUAGUCGAAGCCAAGGGGCUCACCUACACCGACCCUGCCACCGGUGAAAGCGUCGAGGUGCGCGGUCCGGGCGAUGUGACCAAGCACUAUGCGCGCACGCUCGGCAGUGCGGUCUACGUCUUUCCCGAGCCGUUGGGCGGCGAGACGCUGCACAUCGCGGAUCCCUACGCGCUCAACGCGAUCCUGUCGGACAUCGACUCGUUCCAGUCCGACCUGCUGCGCUCGAGCAUCAUCGAGUUCAUCGUGGGCAACGGCAUCGUCACGCGCUACGGCGAUGCGCAUCGCAAGCAGCGCAAACUCAUGUCGCCCGCCUUCUCCCCCGCCCACCUCAAGGCGCUCACACCCACCUUUACCGCCUACGCCGAGCGUAUGUGCAACAACAUCGCAGCCGAGCUCGAUGCGAAGCGCGAAAAGAGCGUGGAUCUCGCCGAGUUUCUGGACUGCACCAUGCUGGACAUCAUCGGCAUGGCUGGGUUUGGAUACGACUGUCGCGCGCUCGAAAAGGGCCGUCAGGGCUCCGAGCUGUCGGCUGCGUUCAAUGCGGUCAAUCAGGCAGCCAUCGACUUUGGACCCGGUCGUGCACUUCAUCUCGGCCUCAGUGCGUUGCUCUACCCCAGGGCGGCGACGUGGCCGCUGUCCGAGGCCAACCGGCGCAUUGCCAAGGUGAACCGCGUCAUGGACAGGAUCACCAUGCAGAUCGUGGCAGACGCAAAACGCAGGGUGGAACAAGAGGGCGAGGAGAUCAGCGACAAGAAGGAUCUGCUCUCGCUGCUCGUCAAGAGCAAUCUCGGGGCUGGGGUGGCGGAUCGCAUGACGGACCGCGAGAUCGGCGGGCAGAUUCAGACCUUCAUGUUUGCAGGCUACGAGACGUCGAGCGUCACCACCUCGUGGGCACUCUACUUUCUCUCGCGCCAUCCAGAGGUGCAGCAAAAACUGCGCGACUUGGUCAGCGCUACCCUGCGCGAGCGCAAGGGUGUCGGGCUCGACGACCUUGUGCCGGCGGAUCUGGGCUACGACGACGUAUGGUGUGACGAGUUGAGGUAUCUCGACUGGGUGCUGGCAGAGACGCUAAGGCUGUGUCCGCCCGUGCCGGGAAACGACCGCGAGGCUGCACGCGAUGCCGUACUGCCCCUCAUGACCCCCGUCACACUCAAGGACGGGAGGAAGAUCUCGCAGCUGCGGGUGCCCAAGGGCGCGCGUGUGACCAUCGGCAUCAAAACCGUCAACUACGAUCCCAACCUCUUUGGCCCUGAUGCUGACGAGUUCAACCCGGACCGAUUCGCCAACCUCCCCCAAGCCCACGCCAACGCAAAAUUGCCGCCGUACAAUACUUACUCGUUCAUCGGCGGGCCCAAAUCUUGCAUUGGCGCCAAGUUUGCGCUGACCGAGAUGAAGGUGCUGCUCAUCGUGCUGCUGGGUCGCUUUGGCUUUGCACCCGUGCCCGGCGUGACGAUUCGCCAGCACCAGGCGCUCAUCGUGCGUCCGCGCGUCGAGUCGGCUUCUCAAGGUCCUGCUGCCGGCAUGCCGCUCAUCGUCACGCCGCUCUCCCACACCACCUCCUCAUAG